AUGAACUACAACCAAUUCAGCGGCGAUUUCGACGGAUUUAUUGGGGACGGGCCUUCGGCGAGCGCAUACGGGCAGCAAUUUGACCCACGGCUGGAAUACCAACUGCUGGAGUUGCUGCCCUUUCUAAACGAAGGACAGAACGUCCUUGACAACAGCUUCUACACUGGGCUAGAUGGGGGAGGGGCGUACGAUGCUCAGGCCUAUAAAUUCAUGCCUGGGGGUGGGAUGGAGCAGAACGCCACCUUCGAUGGCCAGGCCGGGCAUGAACAGGCUAGUACCCUGGACGAACUUCCCGAUAUCCCCUUAUCAAGCUUCAACCCAAGCCCCGUGGACAACGACGCGUCGGAAAGUCUCCUCUGGGGCGAGGAAAUGGGACUCAUGUCGGGCUCGGUGGCGAGCGUGUCACUGAACGAUCCAGAGCCCGUCCAAGCGCGUCAACCCCCCUCUAGAUCUCAGCUUCCCCUCCCCGAUUCCACACCCAACAGCGAAUACAACGAGCUGCGAGUGGACGACCAGUGGACGAAUCCCACAGGCGGGAGGAUGGCCAAGGGGAAGGCACGACCUCAAUACUAUUCUCCAUACGCUCGCGGCGAACGGCGUCACCUCGUUGAUCAGUGCACAAGCGCGGCAACUUGGCCGCACCUACCCGUGCCCCUCCCAACUGUCACGUCGCCGAACACCCCCUAUGGCGAAACCGCUCUCCAGAACGAACUCUACGAGCCUGCUGUUACGACGGGGCAACUAAGCCCCAGUAAACAGCCAGGCGAGAGUUCAGAGAUGGCAUCAGAGUUGCCCUCUCCCAUAUCGCCUAGUUUUCGUACCCCCCAGCGAGUGGCUCGUACUGAUGAAGAGAAGCGGGCGGCGAAGAAGCGGAUCGACACCGACAGAGCCAAAGCGUUGCAGGCUACCUAUACCAAGUUCAGCGCGCUUUUCCCUGCUCGGAGUCUUCUAGAGUCUAAGACGACUGCUGUCAGGGUGAUCAAAUAUAUCAUGAACAAGCGCGUCGCUCCCGUACAACCUAGCGCCGUCGAGCUUUGGUGGUUACAGUCAGGCGGAGAUAGCGCCUUACCGCAAUAUAUCGUCCCGAGUACUGCUGCAGUCGAGGCCUCGAUCGAGGACCCGAAGCUUCGCCGUAAAGUGGCGAGGAAGCAGGUGGAUGCCAACCGAAACAAGAUUUCCACUGCUGUACACGAUCACAUACGUUCGUUGUUCCCCACUUGCAAGACGCUGGUCCAGGCGCUGACGAGAGCCAUUGAUUACCUCGCUUACGCAAAGGCAACAGGAGCGGCACCAGAAGACGACCACGCCCUUGAUGUCUGGCUUCUGGCCCGGAACGGGAGCGCCGCGGAUAUCCCAUCUCCUUUCUUCUAG